UGUUACCAUUUUUAAUUUUUAAGGUAUCAAACAAUUUUUUUUUUACUAAAAAGUUCAAAUUAAGAUUUUGAAAUGAGACUUAAGCAACUUGAAGGAUACCUUCAGCAGUGUGAUGGCUUCUUAUCACCUAAAAUCAAUCUGGAACAGUAUGCUACUUCUGCGCAUAUUGCAUCACACAUGGCAUAUACCAUGGAUCAAACAUUUGAUGAUGUUUGUAAUAAACUUGUAGCUGAUUUUGGAUGUGGAUGUGGCAUGCUAAGUGCAGCCUGUGGUAUGUUAAAGGCGUCACAUUUGCUGGGUGUUGAUAUUGAUAAUGAUGCUCUGGAUAUUGCUGCAAAAAACAUGAAUGAGUUUGAACUUCAAACAGAUUUUCUUAAUUAUGAUCUUGUUGAUGACAUUGAAAUGAUAAACUACUUAGCACAAAGAAAGAUUAUUGAUGUUGUCGUUAUGAACCCUCCGUUUGGAACAAAAAAUAAUCAAGGGAUUGAUUUAAAGUUCCUUCGGCAUGCCGUUAAAGUGUCACAAAGUGCAGUAUACUCAUUACAUAAAACCAGUACUCGAGAUUUUAUUGUUAAAAAAGCAGAAGAGUUUGGAUGUGAAGUUGAAAUCUUAGCAGAACUUAAGUAUGACCUACCGAAAACUUAUAAGUUUCAUAGGAAACAAAGUUUAGAUAUUAGUGUCGAUUUUAUACGUUGUCAGCCUCGAACUUAGUUUUGAAAACUUUAGCGCGUAAAAUAAAAUUUUUGUUCCUUUUUUAAAUAAAGUUGUAAAAACGAAA